AUGGCUCGUAAAUCUGGUUGCUGUUACCUCACCAAUCUCGAGGUUCUGCUCAUAGUUUUGUUUGUGUUGAUGACUGGAAUCACAGUGGGACUUAUGACCAUGUUAGCUCUUUACAUUAACUCCCAAGAACAUAGUAAGUCCUGUUCCUUGGUUACAGAAAAUCCCACUGCUUCUGUAAAAGUUGGAGAAAACCCCUAUCUGAUUGGACUGGGUCGAGCAGACUGCACUGGACCAGUUGCAGAUGUGCCUCUGAUGGGCUAUGCUAACCCUGAUCAGACUGCAGGAGGAAUCCACACUCGCUUGUUCAGCAGGGCCUUCAUUGUGGAUGAUGGCAGCAAGAGAGUGGUGUUUGUGAGUGCUGACAUAGGCAUGGUUUCACAAAGACUGAGACUGGAGGUGCUCAAGGCACUUGAGGCGAAAUAUGGGACUCUCUACAGGCAAGACAAUGUAGUUCUGAGUGGCACACACACGCAUUCUGGUCCAGCAGGCUAUUUCCAGUACACCCUCUUUAUGAUCACCAGUAAAGGCUACAUCAAACCAUCUGUCCAAGCUCUUGUGAAUGGAAUUGUGAAGAGCAUUGAUGAGGCGCAUAAAAGCAUGAAGCCUGGGAGAAUCUUUUUGAAUAAAGGAGACAUUGUGGACAGCAACUUCAACAGGAGUCCACACUCAUACAUGAACAACCCUGAGGAGGAAAGAAAAAGGUACAAAACCAAUACAGAUGAGCAGAUUAUAAGCUUGAAGUUCACAGAUCUGGAUGGGGUUGGAUUGGGAAUAUUCAGUUGGUUCGCCGUUCAUCCAGUCAGUAUGAAUUACACCAAUCAUAUGGUAAGCUCAGACAAUCUUGGCUAUGCCUCCUAUCUGUUUGAACAAGAGAAGAACCAUGGCUCCUUGCCUGGUGAGGGCCCAUUUGUCGCAGCGUUUCCCACCAGUAACAGUGGAGAUGUGUCUCCCAACAUUCGUGGACCAUAUUGUGUGAAUACUGGGGAAAGCUGUGAUUAUCUCAACAGCUCCUGUCCCAUUGGUGGGACUAAAAUGUGUGUUGCUUUUGGACCGGGUAAUGACAUGUUUCAAAGCACCAAAAUUAUUGGAGAACGUAUCUACAAAAAAGCAAAGGAACUUUACGACAGUGCUCAACAAGAGGUAUAUGGAAGUCUCCAUACUGCUCAUCAGUGGGUCAACAUGACAGAUGUAACUGUACCAAUUAACUCCACCCACAGUGCCAAGACAUGUAAGCCUGCACUUGGCCACAGCUUUGCUGCAGGAACAAUAGAUGGAGGAGGAGACCUUAACUUCACACAAGGGGCAAUUGAAGGAGAUCCAUUCUGGGAUGGAAUUAGGGACACCCUCUUGGGCAAACCUUCCAAAGAAGUUCAGGACUGCCAAAACCCCAAACCCAUUCUCUUUAGCACUGGAGAGAUGACAUGGCCACUCCCUUGGCACCCAGAAAUAGUGGAUGUACAGAUCAUCUCUAUUGGAUCAGUAGCCAUUGUGGCAGUCCCAGGAGAAGUGAGCACUAUGUCAGGAAGAAGGAUCAGACAGGCGGUUAAACAGGAACUGGAGACAAAAAAUGCUUUCACCAAUGCUGAAGUGGUUGUUACUGGUCUCUGCAACAUCUACACACACUACAUUACCACCUACGAAGAGUACCAGGUGCAGCGUUAUGAAGGUGCUUCCACCAUCUAUGGGCCUCACACUCUCUCAGCCUACAUUCAGCACUUCAGAGGCCUCGCUAAAGCCAUCGCAGAGAGUAAGACUGGAGAAUUACCGAAAGGUCCUGAGCCUCCUUUCUUCAAAGACAGUCAGCUGAUCUCACUGUUACCAGCUGUGCCAGCAGAUAAAACACCAACUAACACUACCUUCGGUCAGGUCCUGGAGCAGGUCAAGCCUCGUUAUAAAGUGGGAGAGGUCGCAUCUGUUACUUUUGUUGCUGGAAACCCCAGAAACUCUGGAGACAUGAGAGACAAGACCUUCGUCACAGUGGAGAAGUUUCUCAUGACUACCAGGACAUGGAAGGUUGUUCAUACAGAUGCAUCCUGGGAGACUAGAUUUCACUGGAUUAAAGGGACACGUGGUCAGAGCAAUGCCACAGUGGAGUGGCAUAUCCCUCUCUCAGCAGAGACUGGCAAAUACAGGAUUCGUCACUUUGGACAUUCCAAAAAGUUAAAUUUUUUCACUCCUGUGAUCACUCCAUAUGAGGGCAUGUCAGAUACAUUCAGCGUCACCAAAACACUCUAUUCAUUUUGAAUGCUCAAUAGUGCCUUCAUAGUAAGACAACCACGACAUCCAGACAUUCUACUGAUGUCAAAUGAAUGUUAUGUUGUAAUGAUUGCUGUGAUCACUGUGUAUGUGUGUCAAGUAACAUCAUUGUAUUUGGGCUGUAUGAAAUGUAUUCUUUGUAGUUAUUCCUAAAAUAAGAAUAAAUGUUGAUCAUCUCCA